GAGAGAGAGAGAGAGAGAGAGAGAGAGAAAGAAGAAAACAAAGGAGGAAGAGAGAGAGAGAGAGAGAGAGAGAGAGAGAGAGAGAGAGGAGAUAAAUGUAAAUACGACAAAACUAGAAGAGAGAGAGAGAGAGAGAGAGAGAGAGAGAGAAAUAGAGAGAGAGAGAGAGAGAGAGAGAGAGAGAGAGAGAGAGAGAGAGAGAGAGAGAGAGAGAGAGAAACAAUCAAGAGAGAUGAAUAUACGAAGAGGAACAAAGGAAAAAGAAUAAAAGAACUGCAGACACGACACUGA